CCUUAUAUUUCUCUGCUCUUAUGCUUCCGCUCCGAGGCGUUAAAUUAAAAGCCAGAAAACCCAAGAGGGAAGGUGGAAAAGCAGGUUUAAUCCAAGCAACGAAAUGUCUCCUCCGCCUAAAGUUCUCAUGGUGGCGGAGAAGCCUAGCAUCGCUCUCUCCAUCGCUUCCGUACUCUCUCAUGGCAAAAUGUCAACAAGGAGGGGUAGUACUGAAGUCCAUGAAUUCAACGGGACGUUUCUUGGCUUUAAUGCCCAUUAUAAAGUGACUUCAGUUAUUGGACAUGUAUUCAGUGUAGAUUUUCCAGCAUCCUAUCAAGAUUGGAAUGUCACUAAUCCUCUAGAUUUAUUUCAAGCAUCAGUUAUCAAGACAGAAUCAAACCCAAAGGCCCAUAUUUCUAGACAUUUAAGCCAAGAAGCUCGUGGUUGUGGUUAUUUGGUACUAUGGUUGGAUUGUGAUCGUGAAGGAGAGAACAUUUGUUUUGAAGUCAUUGAGUGUACGGGGUUUCAUAUGAAUGAGGCAAAGAAAAGGGUUUAUCGUGCUAGGUUUUCUUCUGUGACUGAGAAAGACAUCUCAAAGGCUAUGGACAACCUAGUGGAACCAAACAGACAUGAGGCACUGGCUGUGGAUGCUCGGCAAGAGAUAGAUUUGAAAGUUGGUGUUGCAUUUACCCGAUUUCAAACUCGUUAUUUUCAAGGAAAAUAUGGGAAUCUUGACUCCAGAGUUAUCUCCUAUGGUCCAUGUCAAACCCCCACACUUGGGUUUUGUGUACAGCGCUAUUUGCAAAUUAAUACUUUUAAGCCAGAAAAGUUUUGGGCAUUGCGUCCCUAUAUUAUUCAGAAUGGUUAUGAUCUUCAGCUAGAAUGGAAACGUCAAAAGUUGUUUGACAUAGAUGUUGCUAUAAUGUUUCAGAAGUUGGUGACAGAGGAUGGAAUUCUUGAAGUAAUUGAUGUAUCAGAAAAACAGGAAAGCAAAGGUCGACCUUCUGGUCUGAACACAGUGAAUCUUUUGAAGGUUGCUUCAAGUGCACUAGGCUUUGGACCUCAGACAGCCAUGCAACUUGCGGAACGCUUGUAUACACAAGGUUUCAUAAGUUAUCCACGAACAGAAAGCACAGCAUAUCCUGCUUCAUUUGACUUCAAAGGCACGCUUAAUGUAAUAGCAAAUAAUCCACUAUGGGGUGAUUAUGUCCAAAGAUUGCUUGCUGAAGGUUAUCAUAAACCAAGGUCUGGAACAGAUGCCGGUGACCAUCCUCCUAUAACUCCAAUGCAUUCAGCAACUGAGGAUAUUCUUGGAAAAGAUGCUUGGAGUUUAUAUCAGUACGUCUGUCAACAUUUUAUAGGAACUGUGUCUCCUGACUGCAAAUAUGUGAGGAGAAAAGUAGAAUUUUUAGUUGGCGGAGAAUACUUCCAUUGCAUUGGGCAGCAUGUUACAGCACAAGGAUUUACAUAUAUUAUGCCAUGGUUGGCCAUAAAUGAAAAAAAUCUUCCCCAGUUUACAAAAGGGGAGAAAAUUGAAGUUUCAAAAGUGGAGUUAUAUGAGGGUGAGACUUCACCUCCUGAUUAUCUCAGUGAGAGCGAGCUGAUUUCUCUGAUGGAGAGGAAUAGAAUAGGCACAGAUGCUUCAAUUCCUGUGCAUAUCAACAACAUAUGUGAGCGGAACUAUGUGCAGGUACAAGGUGGUAGGAAAUUGGUUCCAACUGCUUUAGGCAUAACACUGAUAAGAGGCUAUCAAUGCAUUGAUCCAGAUCUUUGUUUGCCAGACAUUCGCAGUUUCAUUGAGCAUCAGAUUACUUUGGUUGCUAAGGGUCAGGCCAAUCAUUCUCAUGUUGUGCAACACGUAUUACAGCAAUUCAAGCAAAAAUUCAGUUAUUUUGUUCAGCAGAUUGAGAACAUGGAUGCCUUGUUUGAAGCACAAUUCUCUCCACUAGCUGACUCAGGACGUGCACUAAGUAAGUGUGGGAAAUGCUUGCGGUACAUGAAGUACAUCUCUAUGCAACCCCCACGUUUGUUUUGUGGCACAUGUGAGGAGGUUUACCAUCUUCCUCAAAAAGGCACAAUCAAGCUGUACAAGGAACUUACUUGUCCUUUGGAUAACUUCGAGCUGUUGAUCUUCUCCAUGCCUGGUCCCGAAGGCAAGUCAUUUCCACUCUGCCCAUAUUGCUAUAAUAGUCCUCCAUUUGAAGGUAUGGACACUCUCUUUGGUGCCACAAGGAUAGGUAGUUCAGGGAAGCUGGGGAAAGGAGCAGGCAUGCCGUGCUUCCUCUGCCCACAUCCCACAUGUCGCCAUUCUGUAGUGGCACAGGGAGUCUGUGCUUGCCCCGAAUGCAGUGGAACACUUGUUUUAGACCCAGUAAGUGCUCCGAAGUGGAGACUUUAUUGCAAUAAAUGCAAUUGCCUUGUCUUACUCCCUGAAGGUGCUCACCGUAUUGCCACUACCCGAGAGCGCUGUGCUGAAUGUGACUCAACAAUCAUAGAGGUUGACUUUAAUAAGAAAACAACUCCUUUGGAAGAUGGAGCUACCUUGCAUACUGGUUGCAUUCUUUGCGAUGAGUUGCUUCAUUCGUUUGUGGAGGUGAAGCAUGGGAAAUCAUUUAGUAGAGGCUUGGGUGGAAGAGGAAGAGGAAGAGGAAGAGGAACACGUAGAGGCGGAUAUAGGGGAAGAGGACGCGCAGCUGGAAAACAAGUGGACCCUAAAAUGAGUUUCCGAGAUUUUUGAACAAUAUUUUGUAUGAACUUUUCCUUUCGGGUCCUUUAUUUGUGGCCGGAGAAAUGAUCUGCGUUAUUCCUUGGUACAGAUGCUUUUUCAUCUUUUAGUAAAGAUGCUAUGUUGCACAAGUUGUUACCUCCUCCCCGAUGAUGAACAUAAAAAUUCUAUGCUACAGUUGUAAUCUGAAAUUGAGCUCGUAAAAAUUUCUUUAGUCUUUUUC